CCAAAACAACCACUGGUCUGCUCUCAGGAAGUCCUGUAUGAAUAUUAAUAUGGAUGCAAAUGCACACUGAGGAUGCCCAGCGCUUGAACCAACACACGGCGCGCUGAGAUCUGCGCAUUUCUUUCUUUUUUUUUGUUUUUGUUUUGACGUUUGCUUUCUGUUCCUGCUCUGGCGCUGGAAGCAUGCUUCUCUUGCGGAGGUCGUCUCGGAGGCUUUUUUCGAAACGCACAAGGAUGCCGUUUGCAGAGGAACAUUUUGUAACGUCGCAUUGAAUUGCAUCAUGGUUUUCAAUCAGAUUUCACACCGGCCAGUCUCCGCCGAGCCUCGGUAGUACAGUGCGCUGUUUAUCAUAAAAAUGGAAGACCUUUCACGUCAAGAAAAGGCGUCAGUCCGGUGAUAUGCGUCUGAAUAUCUGAUUUUUCCUCUCCACGUCAAUUGACACAUCUGGGAAAGGAUUUUUCCCCCCUUCCCUCCCGUCUACCAAGACAGCUGUGUCAUCAACAACCGGCGUGGUUUUGUUGUUGUCUGAUUUUUACGAGUCUGGGCAACUGGAUUGGGCUAUCGGCACAUAGUCUACCUCUGCGCCGGCUAUAGAGGCUCCACGGUCACCAAGAGGAGCGCUGCUUGCAACAUACGUCCUGUUCUCCUGAGUCCUCUUCUAUACCAUGAGCUCUGGCUCUGCCCAGGAUGUGGCAGUCGAGCAUUUCCUGCGUGACAUAGAGCGGCGAAGCAAGCGGCUACACUGCGCUGUGAUAGGCUGCGAGGAGGAGCGACCCCGCAGCGACAUGAACCUGCUGUAUCGUAAGAGCCGUUUGGACUGGAGGCAGAGAGACCAAGAGGGAAGUAAAAAGAGCUCCUCCCAAAACGAUCCCUCGGCUACUGUUGGCAAAGUCAGAGAUUUGGCUUCUUUUCGACGGCACUUCCGGAUGGGUUUCAUGACGAUGCCCGCCUCCCAGGACCUGUCCCCUCACUCCUGUGCCUCCGCCAUGGCGCCGCGCUCGCAGUCCUGCCACGCUGUCGGUGCCGGGGAUACGAGUUUAGAGAACGGAGAUUACUCUGACACUCAAUCCCAACAUGGCGGCCGCUGCCCCCCAGCUAAACCCAAACGCCACCCCAGUACUCGCCUCAGCUCCUCAUCCGCUGACAGCAGAGGACCUCCGGAGACGCCGCCACCGCCUCCCCCCUCUCACUCACAGGCCAAACACUCAGAGAAGAAAAAUGCCAUGAAAAAGUCUGACUCUGGAGAGAUUGGAUCAAAGAAGGUGCCUCCUUUAAAACCCAAGAGAAGUCCCAGUACCCAGCUUUCUUUCGACCCUCUUCCUCCACGAGUGCCUCCCUCUGCCACAUCCCUGCCAUUCCAGGCAGCGGACUCUCAAAUUCAGACAGGAGAUGGAGAGGAUGAGCCGGUUUAUAUAGAAAUGGUGGGCCAAGUGUUCACCAGAGACAGCCAGACGGCCACACCCCACCCUGUCACCCCUGUGGCCACCACACCAGACUCUGACUCAGACCAGAGUGAGGCAAUCUAUGAGGAGAUGAAAUACCCGCUGCAGGAGGACCGAGAGUCCCAAAGACACCUCCCUCCCAAACAUGAGAAACUGAAAUCCUCGAAACACUUCCAUGUCACCCCUUCCUCCUCCUCCAGCAGCUCCUCCUCCCUGCCACGUCCCUCUUCUUCGUCCCCUUCCUACUCCAAACCUAAAGCUACAGUAUCAAUCUCCCACUCAUCUCCUCUGCCUUCCUCUGCAUCUUCCACCCCUAUACCCCAGGUCCUAUCUGCCAGCCCCCACACGCCACGAGCUCCCACUCCCUAUCUGCUGCAAGGGAAUAAAUCUGAACCCGAGUCCAACACGAAGAUCCCGGCUCCAUUCCCCAACCUCCUGCAGCAUCGGCCCCCGCUGCUUGCCUUCCCUCAGCCCGCGGCGGCCUCCAGCGGUGUCGGGGUGCAAAACAAGGCAUCUGGUUCUGCUAAAAUGGGAACGCAAACGUCAAGUGUGACAACUCAAGCUAGCACCUCGUCCUCAGCUUCAUCCAAUGCUCCUGUUGGCUCCAAGGAAUCAUCGGGAGGAAGUUCAUCGCAGCAGGACAAACACAGCAGAGAUUCACAGCUAGGCCCUGCUCCUGGACUGCGAGCUAGGAGUCACUCAACACCCUUACCUCCCUCCUCCAAAUCCACGUCCCCCUUCUCCCAUCACCAUCACCACCCUCACCAUCGCCCCUCGCACUACCACCACUAUCGCAAGCCAGAGAGAGGAGACUCCCCCGCUCCAACCAAGAGCAGCUCUCAGAUGUCAAACCAGGCCACAGUUCAGACGCAAACUUCAAGUACAGGCAAGGAAGGCAAGUCUGUGAGCUUCCUCUUGAAGUCUGAUAAAGGAGAGAGGGAUAAAGACAAGGACAGGGAUCGAGAUAGAGAUAGAGAUAGGGACAGGGAUCGAGAUAGAGAUAGGGACAGGGGUAGAGACAGGGACAAGGAGAAGGACAGGGAUAGGGAGAAGGACAGAGACAGGGAAAGAGACAGGGACAGGGAUCGGGACAGGGAUAGGGAUAGGGAUGGAGGGCCACACUCCUUACAGUUGGAUCUUAUCACCACCUCUAGCAGCCUAACGCCUCAAAGCAGCACCAGCUCAACCCCUACGCCGUUAUCCUCAUCCCAGCGUCCUCAUUCUCGCCCACAUCUCCGCUCUCACACUCCUCACGGCCUGCCAGCGUACAAGCCUCCCUCCUCGGACAGCCCCCUGCUGUGGACCUACCCCUCCGGUGGCUUCCGGAGACCACCGGCUUACGAGAGUUUGAGAGGCAGCUCUCAGACGCCAUCUCUGCAACAGCCCUCGAGUCUUACUGGCAUAGGUGAGGGGGUGUCCAAGAGCAAUGGAGGGUCUGGGUCCCUCCAGUCAAAAGUUGGCUUCAUGCCCUGGGACAGUAGUGCCAGCUUAGCUGCAGAUGAAGGGUCUUACUGGCCUAUGCAGAGGAAAUUGUCCUUCAGCCAUGGGAGCAGAGAGACUGAGAAGGAUGAAGGACGAGCGUGGAAUGGUAGUGCUGAUGCCUUGUUACGGAUGGAUAAGGAGGACCUGGGGAUGGGGUCUCGAGGAGGCCACUCAGGCAUCCCAGUCCAUUUCAGUAGUGCCACCAGCAGGGCCCUCGGUCACACUGAGUCCUUGGCUGGUGUUGAUAGCAGCCCAGGAUUCAGAGCUCUGCCCAGAGUGGGGCUGCCUCUUCCCUGCCAGACUUUUCCUGCCUGUCGCAAUGGAGAAGUGGGGCGGCUGGGCCGCUCCUCCUCUGCUGCUGGAGUGAGACAGGUGGGCGGAGGAGACGUCCAGAGACAGAGCAGUCUACCAGCACGAGAAGCCAUGAAUCAGCUGCAUGGUCUGGCCCAGCCUCAAGCGCCCUGCAGUCCCAGUGGUCCCAGUGUGUCUCGGCAGCAGCAGCAGCUUCAGCUCCACCAGCAGCAGCUGCAGUUAAAGCAGCAGCUCCAGCAGCUUCAGCAACAGCACCAUCUGCAGUUGCAGUUCCAGCAGCUCGCCCAGCUGGCACAGGGACAGCCUCCUGUCAGUGGGGGCACCACCCCGUCCACAACGCAGACCCAGAGAGACGGCAAGCUGCUGGAAGUCAUUGAGCGUAAACGCUGCCUGUGCAAAGAGAUCAAGGCCCACAGGCGUCCCGACAAAAGCCUGUGCAAGCAGGACAGCAUGCCCAUCCUCCCUAGCUGGAGACGGACACCUGAGCCUCGUAAGACUGGCACACCACCAUGCCAGAGGCCGCAGGCCGUCGUGUGGGACACCGCUAUCUGAGGUGCAGAGACAGGCCAGUGAGUACAGCACGGGAAGAGAGACAAAACAUGCAGAUGAGGUGAAGAUAAAUGAAUCAAUAAGAGUAAAAAUGGAUGAAGUUCCUGGAAAAAUCUUUUGUGGCUGUGGUGAUAUGAUUACUGCAGAGAAAUGACAGACUGGGGACAGAGAGGUAAUAGUUUCCAUUACUCUUGUUGUAUGAAAAACUGAUCUGACAGCAAGUUACUUGAGACUCUUAACUCAUUUGAGGAAAAAAACAAAACAAAAAAAGGUGUAAGAAAAUAAGUAUUACAAUCAGACUAAAUUAAUUUCUUAUCCAGCUGAUUUGUACCUCCUCUGUACUUAGUACUACACUGACGUGUUCCAGUUGCCAAUGAUUUUUGCCACAAAACACCAGUGUUAUUGCUAUAAAAAGAAGACACUCACUAAUUAAUAAUGGGUGGGUUGUUUUCUGAGAUUGGUGUUGCCAAAUUUCUUCCUGACUACUUGAGAAAUAAAGGAAUCAUGUAUUUUCUCCAACACACAGUUGUCCAACACAUAGAAACUACUCUGUGGAUGAGAAAAGGCAAGACUCAUAGAUAAGUUAUUGAAGUGUUUCUUGAAAUCGUGAAUGUAUAUGAGAUGUCUUGGUAUCAAUAGAUUGUCAUUGUGGAUGCAAAUAAUCAUCACUGAGGAGUAAAAGCUACCUACUGUAUCUGUUUGCAUAUUUGUAAUGUAAAUCUAUUUACUUUCUCAACGUUUCUGCAAUUUUAUAGCAAUAUGCUCCCGAAGCCGGAGCAACAUAAUUAAAACUUGUGUCAACUAGCCUAACAUACAUAUCUAAGACUUGAAUAAGUCAUAUUUACUGUGUCAUUCUCUGCAUGUCAUGAUAGACAUACAGUAUUGUACAAAAAAUAUGUGUAGAGAUGAUCGUGUCAGACUUUUACAUACAGCAGAUCUUCACUAUGAUAAUGUGUGGUUGUGUAAAAAGAUGAACAUGUUGCUCAGUGGUGGUGGUGGGGGGGUAUCAUUAGAAAAGGUGGUGUGACAGAUGGCACAUACCGUGCAGUCCAGCCAAAUAUAGAUACAGAUCAAUGGUACAAAAACUUCAUCACUCAUGCUUAUCCACAGUUGCACAUUAGUGAUUGUUCCACCACACAGAAAAACAAGCACUGACACCCAUCAACCCAGACUGUGCAAUACGGUGCAACUGAUAAGACUGUGAGUAUUGAUCACCUCAAACAGAAUGCUGGAACAAUCUGCACAAAACAUCGUAUAUGCUUAGGAGAACUUAAACCCUAAUGUACUGUAAAUAGAUAUGUACAACUGUAUUGAAAAUGUAGCAAUUAUUUCCAUUUUCAUACUUGUAAUCAAUACAUAUUAUGUAGCAUAUACUGUAUAAACAUAACUUUGUUCACUUUUUUCUAAAAGAAUUAAGUACUUUAUCUGCUGCAGCCAGUCCAUGCAUUACUUAUAGUUCUACUAAUAAACAGUAAGCCCUCUAAAGAAAGGCACAGUCCAACAGUUGUUUAUUUAAAUUUAUGCAAGACUCCCUUUAAGCUGUGUUCCUCAUUUAUUUAUGCCCUUUUUCUACAUUCAUUUUUAUUUGUGUACAGAUUUCAACAGCUCGUUGUCUUGACAUUUUUGAAUACUUUGCUGCUAUCUUGAACUACUGGUGUUGUUCAUUCAACUACAUGGUCUUACCAUGACAAACAUUCUUAAUAUAGUGGUUAUUGUUACAUAUUUGGUUUUUUUAAAUUUUAUUUCCAAAAGCCACGUGAACUGAAGUUUGUACCUUGAAGAGUGAGCCCUUCUGUAAUAGUAUUAAGGCGCUUGAAUGUCCUCUUGGUUGUUGUUGUUUUUAACGAUAGUUAGCACCAAACUGUACAGUACAGUACACCCCGUGAAAAGAGACCUAUUUAAAUGUUUGAGAGUCACUGCUUGGCCUUUUGUUUUUCACUCCACUUGCUCGUGUUUGAGGGUCAAAGUUUUUCCGAGUCCAUUUUCAAGCAAACACAGGUCAGGUUGAAGGAAAUGGGCAAGUGCAAUGCAUGCAGAGAUUCCUCACACUGAAAAUGUUCCAAUGAUGCUAAACUCUUGUGCCCAGUUUAAUUUCAGAUACCAAGUAAUCACCUUACUAUGAGUCCUUUUCACAGACUGAUAUGGAAACCCUAGGUAUCAUUUCCAGAAUAGUUUACAGAAGCUGUUGGUUUUUGUGUGUCUUCUAAAACAGUGGCCAUUAUACGAGUGCCAUCCUAUAUUGAUAUGGUAAGAUACGGUGUACCUUGGAAAAUCACUGUAGUGCUAUAUUUGCAUUGAUAUUGUCAUUGAAAAUAAAUUUUAUAUAAUGAACUUUACACAACAAA